CUCUGGUUGGGGGGUACUGUUCACUCUCUGGCGCAGACCUUCCUGACCAUUCGUCUACCUUACUGUGGCUCCAACAUUAUUGAUAGCUCCUUCUGCGACGUGCCCUCUGUCAUCAAGCUGGCAUGCACAGAUACAUACCUCAUGGGAAUGCUCAUUGUGUCUAACAGUGGGACCAUCUCCCUCACCAGUUUCCUGGCUUUGGUCACCUCUUACAUGGUCAUCCUGGUGUCUCUUCGAAAACGGUCAGCUGAGGGGCGCCAGAAAGCCCUGUCUACCUGCUCAGCCCACUUCAUGGUGGUUGGCUUCUUCUUCGGACCGUGUAUCUUCCUCCACACUCGGGCAGACACCAGCUUCUCCAUGGACAAGGUGGUGUCCGUCUUCUACACGGCGGUCACACUUCAGCUAAAUCCCCUCAUUUACAUCUUGAGGAAUGAGGAGGUAAAAAGUGCCAUCAAGCAUCUCAGACAGAAACAGGUUUUUUCAUGA